GUGUGUCCGAGGCGGCGGAUUGGCACUACUGGACGCAUCAGUAUGGCUCUGACCUGCACGUUUAACCGCUGGGGGACGCUGCUCGCUGUCGGCUGCAACGAUGGACGCAUCGUCAUCUGGGACUUUCUGACGCGAGGAAUCGCCAAAAUCAUCAGCGCACACAUACACCCCGUCUGCUCACUCAGCUGGAGCAGAGACGGACACAAGCUGGUCAGUGCCUCCACAGAUAACAUCGUGUCUCAGUGGGACGUCCUGACGGGAGACUGUGACCACGCCUUCCGUUUCCCCUCGCCCAUCCUCAAGCUGCAGUACCACCCCCGAGACAUGGACAAGGUGCUGGUGUGUCCCAUGAAGUCUGCUCCAGUGCUGCUGCUUCGCUGUCCGGACUCCAAACACGUGGUUCUGCGGUUGGACGACGACUCCGACCUCAACGUGGUGGCAGCCUUCGACCGGCGCGGAGACUACAUCUACACCGGCAACGCCAAGGGAAAGAUUCUGGUGCUGAACACGAACAAACAGGACCUCGUGGCGUCGGUUCAGAGGAUGCCACACUGUUUCCUCAUCAACACAGCAGACCGUAUUAUCCGUGUGUAUGAUGGCCGCGAGAUCCUGACCUGUGGCAGAGACGGAGAACCUGAGCCCAUACAGAAACUACAGGACCUGGUCAACACAGUGGCAUCCGAUUGCGUCCGAUCAUCCGCCUCAUCUCCAGCCAGUAUCUGGGCUCAGAACCAAGUGGAGAACUGGAGCGCGUUUGCGCCGGACUUUAAAGAGCUGGACGAGAACGUGGAGUACGAGGAAUCAGAGUUUGACAUCGAGGACGAGGACAAGAGCGAACCGGAGCAGACUGGUGCGGACGCUGCAGAGGACGAGGAGGUGGACGUCACAUCAGUCGAUCCCACACACGUGUUUUUCUUCAUCUUUAGUGUGUUUUGCAGUGACGAGGAGCUGGAGGACUUUAAAGCGCUGCUGUAUCUGCCCAUCGCUCCGGAGGUGGAGGACCCUGAGGAGAACCCGUUCGGCCCUCCGCCCGACGCCGCGGGUCAGAACGCCACGCCGGACGACGCCGCCCACAGCGGCCCCGGCGACAAAAAACAGCGGCAACCGUCGUAUGACGGAGGGCCGCCCAAGAAGAAGAUCCGCACCACCACCAUCGAGCUGCAGGGCGUCCCGAACGACGAGGUGCAUCCGCUGCUGGGCGUGAAGGGCGACAGUAAGUCCAAGAAGAAGGCGGCGGGGCGGCCCAAGGGAUCGAAAGGUAAAGACAAAGACUCGCGCAGACCCAAAGUCUUCCGGGACAGAGCAGAGGGGCUGGGGACGCCAGGAAAUCUGGUCUCGGCGGUGUACAAGCAGCACGAGGUUCAGGGUUUGGACUGAAGCUGAAGGCCUCUGGCGCCCCCUGGCUGUGUGGAUGAAUGACAUCUUUCUUUUUUUAUGGACUCUAUGGACUGUAUUUGUGUUGUAUUAUUACAGAAGGACAUUACAGCUCAACGACGCCACAGUUUGAAGCCCGUCUGAUCAGUUUGCUCACAUAGAGAGAGUGAUAGGAAGAGGGAAUCAUGUUUGUUUAGAGUAGAUGGAUCUGUCUCUGUGUAUAAGCACUAGUUGGGUCGUAUACUCAGUCGGAUGUCUUUUAUUUGUUUUGCAUCUGUUUCUUUUUUUCUGACACUGGUUGUGUUUUUUGCAUACAUAUUAAACCAGUUUGUUUUUUUGA